AUGCAGGUCACCGAAACCGUCAAUGAAGGGCUCAAGCGCGAGAUCAAGAUCGUGGUGCCCAAGUCCGAUCUCCAGGCCAAGCUCACCGACAAGCUGCACGAUGCCAAGGGCCGUGUGCGCCUGAACGGCUUCCGGCCGGGCAAGGUGCCGGUCAGCCAUCUGCGCAAGAUGUACGGCAAAUCCUUCAUGGCCGAGAUCGUCAACGAGAUCCUCAGCGAGACGCCGCGCUCCAUCCUUGCCGACCGCGGCGAGAAGUCCGCAACGCCGCCCGAUGUCGACAUGACCGAGGAUGAGGGCGAGGCGGAAAAGGUGCUGACCGGCGAGAGCGAUUUCGAGUUCUCUGUGAGCUACGAGGUCAUCCCGCCGAUCGAGACCAAGGAUUUCUCGACGAUCGCGAUCACCCGCCCGGUGGUCGACAUCGCAGAGGAGGAGGUCGAGGAGCAGGUCAAGAGGAUCGCCCAGUCGGCCGCCGAAUAUUCAGAGAAGAAGGGCAAGGCCGCCGAUGGCGACCGGGUGACGAUCGACUAUGUCGGCAAGAUCGACGGCGAGGCCUUCGAGGGCGGCACCGAUGACGAUACCAAGCUGGUUCUGGGCUCGGGCACCUUCAUUCCCGGUUUUGAGGAGCAGCUCGUCGGCGCCAAGGCGGGCGACGAGACCCAGGUGAAGGUGGCUUUCCCCGAGGAUUACCAGGCCGCCCAUCUGGCCGGCAAGGAAGCGGUGUUCGACGUCACCGUGUCGCUGGUCGAAAAGGCCGAACCGGUCGAGAUCAAUGACGAACUGGCCGAAAAGCUCGGCAUCGAGAGCGCCGAGCGGCUGCCCGCGGUCGUGCGCGAGCAGAUCGAGGGCCAGUAUGGCGGCAUGACGCGCCAGAAGGUCAAGCGCCAGCUUCUCGACGCUUUGGACGAGAUGUACCAGAUCGAAAGCCCGCAAAAGCUGGUCGAGACCGAGUUCAACAAUAUCUGGAACCAGAUCACCAACGAACUGGAGCAGGCCGGCCGCACGUUCGAGGACGAGGAAACGACCGAGGACGAGGCCAGGGCCGAAUACCAGAAGCUGGCCGAGCGCCGCGUGCGCCUCGGGUUGGUGCUUUCGCAGAUCGGCGAGGAUGCCGGCGUCGAGGUGACCGACACCGAGCUGCAGCAGGCGGUGAUGCGCCAUGUGCAGCAAUAUCCCGGCCAGGAAAAGCAGGUCUACGAGUUCUUCCAGAAGAACCCUGAUGCGGUGGCCAAUCUGCGCGCCCCGAUCUUCGAGGAAAAGACCGUCGAUCACCUCCUGACCGUCGUCUCGGUCACCGACCAGACCGUCAGCAAGGAAGAGCUGAUGGCCGAGGACGAGGAUGAGGAAGCCGCGCCGAAGAAAGAGACGAAAAAGGCUGCGCCGAAGAAGAAGGCGCCGGCCAAGAAAAAGGCGCCUGCCAAGAAGAAGGCCGAGGCCGCCGAGGCCAAGGACGGCGACGCCGCCGAAUAG